CAAAAAAAAAAAAAAAAAAAAAAAAAAGAAUAAUACAUGUAAAAGGGAAAAAGGAAAUCAGUAUGUCCUCAACCUCUAAAGUUUAUCUCUUUUCUCUUAGGCCUUCAAUAUGAAAGUCACAUGCUUCAUGACCUUGUUUUGGCCAUUCUCUAUAAUACUACUGUUUGACAAAAGCCAGGCCUUUGAAACAGAAGUCAAAUGUAAUUUCACCAAAAGGAAUUAUUCCUUGAUUCCAGAGGAUAUCAGUAACAAUGUUACCAUCCUUGAUCUCAGUUAUAAUCAGAUCACUCUGAAUGCUUCAGACAUCAGGGUGCUACAGAUAUAUUCUUUACUCACUGAGCUCUACUUGAUGGAGAAUAACAUUACUGUCAUAUAUAAUAAUAGUUUCAGUAAUCUCUCCAACCUAGAAAUUUUAAAUCUCUGUGGAAAUUACAUCAGUGUAAUUGAACAGGGCUCAUUUGUUGGCUUAAAUGAAGUAAAACAGUUAUAUCUCUGCCGAAACAAAAUAUUACAACUGAAUCCCAGUACUUUUGUGCCCCUAAACAACCUGAAAGUUCUGAAUCUUCACGGCAACCUGAUAAGGCAUUUUGAAGGACCACCACUACUCCAUCUGGAGUUACUAACCUUGGAUGGAAAUCCAUGGAACUGCAGCUGUAGUCUACUUGAGUUGCAGAACUGGCUGAACAAGUCUGAUGUGACAUUAGAAAAUGAGAGCAUCACCAUGUGUAACUAUCCAGAUAACCUAAAGCACUACAGCAUCAAGUCAGCACCCUUUACAACUGAAUGCCACUCUAAAUUUAUUUCCACUAUAACUGAAGAUCUUUACAUUGAUUUUCAGUCCAUGAGGAAUUCAACUUCCAAUGGCUCUUUAAACAACUUAACACGGAACUCAGAACAUGAACCUCUUGGAAAAAGCUGGGCUCUCCUUGCUGGUGUUGGCCUCACUGUCCUGCUAACUUCGCUCCUCAUCUUUACUGCUGUCAAGGGUCCAGUGUGGUACAAUAUUCUGCUCAGUUACAAUCAUCACCGCCUGGAAGAGCAUGAAGUAGAACCCUAUGAAAAUGGUCUUCCUAGAAACCCAAGUUCUCUUUCACAAAUAACAGAUACAAACUCUGAAGACACCACAGUAAUAUUUGAACAGCUACAUUCAUUUGUGGUAGAUGAUGAUGGGUUUAUUGAAGACAGAUAUAUAGAUGUCAAUGAGGUACAUGAAGAAAAAUAAUUUUAUCAUGUUGAAAUUAUGAAAAAUAUUAUCAGUCUACUUACAAAAAAGAUUUUUAUUUGACAAACAAAACUAUAACCAGUAGACCUUCAUAUUAUUCAGUACCUUAUGUAAAUAUCAUACAAUUAUUUUUUUACUGACUUGCACAAGCAAGUCCAAAUGCAGUAACUCAUACUCUGGUUGGCUACAAGUUGAAUACUUUAUCUCCACCACCAGCAUUUAGUAGUGUCGACAGUAUUCAGGAAACCACAAACUGGAAAAAAGAACGCCUAUGGAUGAUUGUUUACUAACUAAAAUGAACAGAUUCUGGUAUUAACAAAUACAUGUGCUGCAAUGUCUGAAAUUAUACUUAAAUUUUACUCAAUAAAGAAAUAUAAAAUAUAGAUUUAUAUUAACAAAAUGAAGAACAGUGAGCCUGGACUAUA